AGUACAAUCUUGUACGUCGUCAGGCUGACGGGACAGGGCAGAAGUUGAUGUGAGGCUUAUGAUUUGGACGUUUCAAUCAUCUUCGUCUUUCAUCUAUCGUAAGCAAAGGAGCGCGCAGUGCAGCACAGCAUCGAUUUCUCGAGCCAAAGACUUUCUGCGCAAAGCAAAGCUGCGCCCUAACUCGAUUGCCUUCCUCUAGUUGUGAAGGCUUACAACUUUUGCAUGGCCACGACAUCAGUGGACUGGACAUGGUCCUCGUCCUCCUCGAUCUUUUGCUGCAACUCAUCGAGGGAAACCUUCUCGUCCUCAACAACCAAGUUGAUCUGAAGCUUCUUGAUACCAAAGCCAACCGGCACCAACUUGUGAGCACCCCAGACAAGACCAUCCAUCUCGAUGGCCAAAACGUUCUGCACCAACUCGUCCAUAUUGGUCUCGUCAUCCCACGGCUUGACAUCGAGGGUGACAAUGGAUUUGGCGGCGGGCUUGGCCUUGCCCUCCUUCUUCUUGCGGUACUCGGCCAAUCUCUUCUCACGCUCGGCCACGACUUCUGGGUCUUCCUCCUCUGACUCGGAGCCGAACAGGUCGACAUCAUCAUCUUCGGCCUCGGGGGCAUCCUUGGGGUUCUGGGUCACGGCAACUGCCUCAGGUCCGUAGGUGGUGAAUGGCUUGGAUGGGUCGCCAGGCAGCGUGGAGAAGUCGGCUUCGUAUGACUUGAUGUGGUUGUACCAGCGGUAGGCGUGGGGGUACUUCUCAACGGCGGGGGCCUUGUCCAAAGCCUUGAAGGAGACAACAUCGGCCUGAGUUGGCUGGAAGCUGUAGACGGACUGUCAGCGACCGUGUUCAUUAAAACAAAACUUUAUGGCGCAUCAUGGUUUGCUCAACAAGAAAUCAGAGGUGCAAAUGCUUGCGAUUGGAAGUAGUCAUUUUGCGGUGUCUUAAGCCGCAUCAUCAACACGGACCAAUUUGGUCUCAUCAUAGGAGGAGUGAAGCAAAACAGGGACCACUGAGGAGGACAACAUACCCAGAGAUGUAUGAGCGAGUUCGGAGCCAGUUGUUGAGCACUAUGGCGGUGUCAGUUGGUGCCGUACGAGGAGUUGCGAUCAGGACAAGGACACCUACACGUAAGGCCGCUGUCGGAGACAAAGUCGGUGAAACCCAUCUUGACUCUGGAAAGUGUACUGAAGUCGGUGUUUUAGCGAAUUUAAACGGUUCUGAGCAGGGUUGUGGUAGGUGAAAAGGCUGGUGUUGUCCAAGUCGUUUUGCCAGCGAGGCCCAAAAGCAAAAAAAGAUGAAGAUGCAUCCCGCCGCCAAGCCUGCCCAUUUCUAUGCGACGCCCUUUCCAGACGUGAAUCACGCUGCUUUAACAGUACUCACUGUCACAUCAUGGCACAACAAAUUACAUUACAGUGUAUACAUUGUCAUUGUCCACAAGCUGGCUGGCGAGUUGACGUGCUCAUGGCUGUGAAUCCAAGUUGUAUUUGAGGCUGCUUGGUAAAGGAUUUAAAGAUGCGUAAUCGCCGUGCCUGGCUUCGAGAAGCAAUCUUUUGCUAGGGAUAUGAGUUGUACCCGGCCAUAUCACCCCCUUCAAAAAGACGGUCGCUCUCAUCGCCGGCAAGGCUGCGGAAGGACAAGGUGGCAAUUGAUUGGCCGCAAGGCUCCACCAUAAAGCGGCACUCCACCAACUUGAUCCGACCAUUCCGGAUUCGGCGACCGUCGCAUGAGAUCAUUCGACGAGUCUCGAGAGUUCCAGAAAGCGAGAGGCUGCGGAUGUCGCCCGGAUGAGCAGAUUGAUUCCAGCCAACAUAAGUUGUAACUAUCCUCCUUCUUCCGUUUCCUUGGGGCCAUCAUGCAUAUACACCUAAUAGAACACCGAUAAUACCAGUAAAACAAGCGCAGAGCGCUACAACACCCAACAUGAAUGCAGCAAAGUCGACGCUCGUUCGACGAGCCUUUUCAACACGCUCAUUUACAACCCCUGUACGACGUACCACAUUCACUCCUUUACUACAUAAUGCAGCGCGGUCUGCUGCCGUUACGAGAUCAGUGCUACCUGCCAUUUCCGCGGUACGGACAUAUGCCAGCGGAAGACCACAUCCGCCGGGUGGCACACACCGAAUGGAUAUGGGAGGAGGGGAGCAGAAACCAGCAUUGGAAGAGUACGGUGUGGAUUUGACCGCUCGAGCCAAGGCUGGCAAGCUUGAUCCUGUCAUCGGAAGAGAUGGAGAGAUACACCGGACGAUCCAGAUUCUCUCCCGAAGAACGAAGAACAACCCAGUCCUGAUAGGUUCUGCCGGUACAGGCAAAACCGCCAUCCUGGAAGGUCUUGCACAGAGAAUAGUAAGAGGCGAUGUGCCCGAGAGCAUCAAGAACAAAAGAGUCAUCUCAUUGGACCUGGGCCAACUCAUUGCCGGAGCCAAGUUCAGAGGUGACUUCGAGGAGAGACUUAAACGGGUACUGAAAGAAGUGCAAGAUGCUCAAGGUGGGGUUAUUCUUUUCAUCGAUGAAUUGCAUACCUUGCUUGGUCUUGGGAAGGCAGAAGGCUCCAUUGAUGCCAGCAACCUCCUGAAGCCGGCUCUAUCCCGGGGCGAGCUACAAUGCUGUGGUGCAACCACUCUCAACGAGUACCGCCAGAUCGAGAAGGAUGUCGCUCUUGCGCGUCGAUUCCAGCCUAUCAUAGUCGGCGAGCCAUCUGUUCAAGACACUAUUUCCAUCCUCCGAGGCAUCAAAGACAGGUAUGAGGUCCAUCACGGUGUCCGAAUCACUGAUGGAGCUCUCGUCGCCGCCGCUACUUACAGCAACCGCUACAUUACGGAUCGUUUCUUGCCAGACAAGGCCAUUGACCUGGUCGACGAGGCUGCUUCUGCCUUGCGCCUGCAACAGGAAUCGAAGCCUGACUCGAUCCAGAAACUCGACCGGGAGAUCAUGACCAUACAGAUUGAGCUCGAAUCCUUGCGCAAGGAGACCGACGUGGCGUCCAAGGAGCGUCGGCAGAAGCUCGAGGAAACGCUCAAAGAGAAGAAGAAAGAGGUGGACCGGUUGACCGAGAUCUGGAACCGCGAGAAAGCCGAGAUCGAAGCCAUCAAGAAGACCAAAGAAGACUUGGAGAAGGCCCGGCAUGAAUUGGAGCAAGCCAGACGGGAGGGCAACUUCGCCCGUGCAGGAGAACUGCAGUACGCUGUCAUCCCCAAGCUCGAAUCUCAAUUGCCAAAGGAGGGUGAGGAGGUUGCCACAACCACGAAAGACGGAGAGACGUUAAUCCACGACGCCGUCACCGCCGACGACAUUGCCAAUGUCGUCAGCCGCACCACCGGCAUCCCCGUCAACAAGCUUAUGGCGGGCGAAGUCGAGAAACUGAUCAAGAUGGAAGACAAACUUCGCGAACACGUUCGGGGCCAAGAUGAGGCGUUGGCAGCAGUAGCCAACGCCGUGCGCAUGCAGCGGGCCGGUCUCAGCGGUGAGAACCGUCCAAUGGGCAGUUUCAUGUUCCUCGGACCGACGGGUGUGGGCAAGACAGAACUAUGCAAACAGCUUGCCAACUUCCUGUUCAGCACCGAGACCGCCGUCGUGAGAUUCGACAUGUCCGAGUUCCAGGAGAAACACACGGUUUCGCGAUUGAUCGGCGCCACUGCCGGCUACGUCGGUUACGAAGACGCAGGUCAGCUGACUGAAGCCGUGCGCCGCAAGCCUUAUGCCGUUUUGCUAUUUGACGAGUUUGAAAAGGCACACCGCGACAUUUCAAGUUUGUUGCUGCAGGUUCUGGACGAGGGCUUCUUGACCGACAGCCAGGGUCACAAGGUUGAUUUCCGCAACACGCUGAUCGUGCUCACCAGCAACUUGGGCGCUGAUGUGCUGAUGGUCGGUGGCGAUUCCGAGAACGUGACUCCGGAACAAAAGAAGGCCGUCAUGGAGAUCGUCCAGGCCAGCUAUCCGCCCGAAUUCCUCAACAGAAUCGACGAGUUCAUCAUCUUCAACAAGUUGUCCAGAUCUGCUCUAAGAGACAUUGUCGACAUUCGAAUCAAGGAGCUUCAGGGAAGACUCGACGACCGCAGAAUCAAGCUCGAAAUGUCCAACGAUGUCAAGGAUUGGCUGUGCGAAAAGGGCUAUGAUCCAAAGUACGGUGCUAGACCUCUCAACCGACUCAUCCAGCAUGAGAUCGGCAGGAGGUUGGCCGACAAGAUCAUCCGCGGCGAGCUUAGGAACGGUGACAAGGCCACUGUUGUCGUGGCCGAUAACAAGGAGGCUUUGGAAUUGCAAAUCAGCAAACCUGGCUCCGAGUAAAAUUGGACACGACGACGCUCCUUUUCCCUGUCAAUCAAGCAACAUGAGCACACCACCACCGCGCCCGGAGGACACUGACUCGCUCGCCUCCCCAGGUGAGGCCGGUUGAGGUGGUUUUUACAGUCGAUGACCACCUACAACAACAAAACAGAUAAACUCCCACUCCACGAACAGUCAAGUCCUCUCCAAUGUGACGAGUCAGACUUCACAUCAGCUACCCCACAUGCCUGAGCGUGUCGAAUCUACCCAUAUCUUCAAACAAGAUGAGCAUCCUCUUCUCUUUGCCAGGUACCAUCACCGCCCCCAUCCUGGCAUUUUGUGUACGAUGUUAUGAAUGAACAAAGGAAAACCAUACAAGUGCAUAUUGUACGGUACAUACCAUCUUUGGCAUGGAUGGCAUUCACGGAGUUCUGGUCUACUAUUGGCAUCCAUUAGCAAGGGUUUUUGGGAUCAAUGCCAUAUGAAGUUAUCAGUCAAAGUGAAGAAAGAAAAGGAGAGAUGGUUUUCAGCAUUUGUGUUAUUCCGAAUGGCAUCCGAGAAUUCUGAUACCCCUCUCAAUUCAAUUCAUCCUCUUCAAACAAAUCGUUUGUCCAUACCUACUAGUAACAAAUAAUAUUCAUGUACAACAGUGUCUGCAGUAUCUCUCUUGGUCUAUGCGUUCCACUGAACACAGUCCAUUUUUCCUGCUCAUGUAAUAGCCUGUAAAGAAGGUGAUAGAAUACCAAACUAUUUCCAUCCCA